GGUGACACACCGGCCCCUCUUUGGCUGUUUACACAUAUAUAAAUAUACGCCCGUGUCUCUACCUUCAAGUACUCGUUCUCCCUUUCUCUCUCUCUAUCUGUUUGCCGGAAUCCAAAAUGGGAAGCUUGAAAGAAGAGACAAAGACUACCGGAUGGGCUGCCAGAGAUCCCUCCGGCGUCCUCUCCCCCUACACCUACACCCUCCGAAAUACAGGAGCUGAAGACGUGUUGAUUAAGGUGGUAUGCUGCGGUGUAUGUCAUACUGAUCUUCAUCAGAUCAAAAAUGACCUCGGAAUGUCAAAUUAUCCCAUGGUUCCUGGACAUGAAGUGGUGGGUGAGGUAGUGGAGGUGGGACCGGAAGUCACAAACUUCAAGGUAGGAGAUUGCGUGGGAGUUGGGUGUCUGGUCGGUUGUUGCAACAACUGCCGCCCUUGCAAUGCUGAGGUGGAACAGUACUGCAACAAAAAGAUAUGGUCUUACAACGAUGUUUACACGGAUGGCAAGCCCACUCAAGGCGGCUUCGCCGGCUCCAUGGUCGUCCACCAAAAGUUUGUCGUUAAGAUACCCGAGGGGAUGUCACCUGAGCAGGUUGCGCCGCUGUUAUGCGCAGGGGUGACCGUGUAUAGCCCGUUAAACCACUUUGGACUAAAGGGGAGUGGGCUUAAAGGAGGGAUCCUUGGGCUUGGUGGCGUGGGACACAUGGGCGUUUUGAUAGCUAAAGCUAUGGGACAUCACGUGACUGUUAUUUCUUCUUCGGAUAAGAAGAAAGAAGAGGCUCUUGAUGUCCUUGGAGCUGAUGAUUACCUCAUCAGCUCUGAUGUUGCUCGGAUGCAAGAGUUAGCAGACUCGUUUGACUAUAUUAUUGAUACAGUGCCGGUUCAUCAUCCUCUCGAGCCUAGUCUCUCUUUACUAAAACUUGAUGGAAAAUUGAUCAUCAUGGGUGUGAUCAAUGUCCCGUUGCAAUUCGUCUCCCCUCUCCUCAUGCUUGGGAGGAAGACGAUUACGGGGACCUUCAUCGGAAGCAUGAAAGAGACUCAAGAGAUGCUUGAGUUCUGCAAGGAGAAAGGGGUGAGAUCAACAAUUGAGGUCGUGAAAAUGGAUUAUGUCAACACCGCGAUGGAGAGGUUGGCCAAGAAUGAUGUUAGAUACCGGUUUGUUGUGGAUGUUGCCGGUAGCAACCUCGAGAAUGAGUAAAAAAUAUACGACAUAUGUUCGUAAUCUUGUAUUCGUUUCACAAAUGAGAGUGACAAAUGCUUUGAACUUUUAUUGUGUUGAUGUACCUUUAAAAUAUAUAAAUCUAAUGGAUGAAUUUUUAUAUAUACAAAA